AUGCCCAACAGCUCCUCCUCCUCCUUACAACUGCUGCUUCGUGAAGAAGACUCCCAAGGGACCAGGAUCUCUUUUUCUCUCCUCUACCUGCUCUUGGCCAUCUCUGGGACUUUAUCCAAUGUUGUAGUCAUUUAUCUGGUCUUCACCUUCCGGAAGCUACGCACCACCAGCAACGCUUUCAUUGUGAAUGGUUGCAUUGCUGACCUGAGCGUGUGCGGCCUUUGGAUGCCACAGGAAGUGGUGCAGGGGCUGCUACCUUCUGGGUCCUCUACAGCUCAUUCAGAAGGCUACCGCUUACUCCGGGUUGGGCUUGUAGGCCUUGGACUCAUCGCCUCGCUGCUUUCCCACCUCUUGGUGGCCCUCAACCGGUACGUCCUCAUCACCAAGCCACCCAUCACAUACCAGGCUGUUUACCAGAGAAAACACACUGUCUGGAUGGUCGGCUUGUCCUGGGGGGUUGCCCUCCUCCUUGCCUUGGUUCUGCCAUGGCUGCAAACAUGGCCCCCUGACCAGCAGGAGCCUAGAAAUGCGACCAGCAGCAGGAGCUCUAACUACACCGGCCUGCUGAUAGCCUUGGCUGUCCUCAGCCAGACAGUUCUCCUGCUCCGCUGCUACAUGGGGAUUGUGAGGAGAGUGCGGUGCAGUGUCAAGCGGGUCAGCGUCCUCAACUUCCACCUGCUGCAACAGCUGCCCUUCCCAGCUGCCCCGCAAGCUCCACGCCGGGGACAACGGCGCCUAAGCAGUAUCUCUGUGUUGCUCCUCUGCCUUGCGUUUCUCCUGGCCACGCAGCCCCUGGUGUGGGUAAGCCUGCUGGGCUUUUUCUUCCAACCCAUGCCACGGGGGCUGCAGCUGGCCAGCUGGUUGCUCUUCUGUUCUCUCUCCGCCUUCAACCCGCUGCUCUACACGUGGAAGAAUGAGGAGUUUCGGCGCUGUGUGCGCUUGGUGCUCCCUGGAGGGGACACCUCAGCAGGGGCUGCGGCCACCACUACGGCCCUCCCCACGAUAUCUCUUCCUCCUCAGGAGACAUCUCAGCUGGCUACCAAGGUAGAAAGUAUGAGGAGCUUAGUACUUCAGUGA